AUGGAGGGGUGAUUGGCUAAUAUGUGGAGGUUGACUGCAAAAGAGAGUAAAUUUGUGGAAACUGCAACAAAUUUACAAUCUGAGCUCAGAGUCGAUGUUCGUGGCCUUUAUGAUUACCGCAAGCUUACUAUUAACUUUGGAACAGAAUAUGGUAGCUUGCAAGUUCAACUUGGUCAGACUCAUGUUAUGGGUUUUGUGACUACUCAGUUGGUACAACCUUACAAAGAUAGACCCAACGAAGGCUCCCUAUCUAUCUUCACUGAAUUUUCUCCAAUGGCUGAUCCGUCGUUUGAGCCUGGUCGUCCUGGGGAAUCUGCAGUGGAGCUUGGACGCAUUAUCGACCGAGCUCUAAGAGAAAGCCGUGCAGUACAUCGGAUACUGGUCUGGUCUGUUCGCAUUGAUCUACACAUUUUGAACAACGGAGGGAACUUGGUUGAUGCUUCCAAUAUUCCUGCUUUACCAGCUCUCGUGACGUUUAGGAGACCAGUUUGCACGGUAGGAGAGAAUGGUCAAGAAGUGAUCAUACACCCACCAGAGGUUAGUCAUAUUAGAAAAGGCAAUUCUCAACUUCAACUGUUUGAAGAAGCAGUAAUGUGUGAGAGAAUGACUGUGACAGUUAAUGCAAAUGGCGACAUAUGUGCAAUUCAGAAACCGGGUGAAGAAGGCUUGAGCCAGAGUGUAAUCCUUCAUUGUAUGCGUCUUGCUUCUUCAAGAGCUGCUGCAACAACAAAGAUAAUUAGAAAAGAAGUUGAAGCAUAUAACCGUGAAAAAAGCUUAAAGAAGGUGAAGCGACAUCCCACUUUGGCUAAGUCUGAAGUUUCUGGACCGACUGUAGCUGUGAAGGAGGGACAUAGGAAGUCCUCUGAUCAGGAAAGAGCUGCAGAGAUAUCUCGGGAACAUGUUGAAAGGCUAGAUCUUUGUGAAGAGAAACUAAGAAGCAAUACGAAAGAAGAAGUUGCUACAAAACAAAAGGAUGGAGAGGUAACACUCAAAGAUGCUGUCAAACCGAAGAAGAAGUGGAAAAACAAGAGCAAUAAGAAAGUCCCUAAGUUGUAAAGUAGAAUCCAGAACCUAGCUGAGUUGGAUUGUCAUGAUCACUCGAUUACUCUCUUCUCCCAUUAAUACUCAGACUAGACACGGUUUAUGGUGAAAAUGCAUCGAGUUAGCAGUGUCCAGUGUGUUGUUAAAUUUCUUUGCGGUCUUGUAACGCUAUAAAUGAAACGGAUACGGUGAAGAAGAUUCAUAAAAUAA